AUGGCUGGAAUGUCAGCUGCUAAUGCAGCUCCCAUUACAGCUACCGACAGCUUGUCACAGGCGCUGAAGGCUAAUAUAAUUCCCAAUCAAGAAUAUUUACUACAGGGCUCAGUUCUGGAUUCGGCUGUAGAAGUAUUACUUCAUCGUCUUCGAGGAUUGUGUGAUAAUGUUGACGCUGGUCCGGAAACAUUUGAUGAUCAGGAAGUCUGUUUUAGCUUGCGCGACCCUAACCAACAGGCUGCACCAUUAAUGUUGCGAGUAAGAAAGGCUCUGGAUUACAGAGACAUGCCAUUUCAACUCCGCUACAUUGGACAACCGGAUCUGGGAGACAAAAACAGGCCGACAGUGGUCCGAUCAAGCCUGGAUAUAGCUUGCAGCGGGAUGCUAAUAGAUUUCCUCAAUGAACUAGGAUGCAGAAUUGAAUUUGAAUAUAGUGUUAAAGGUUACAUGUUCAGGAAAGGUCGCAUGAAGAUAACAGUUGCGAAGGUUUUCAAGAUAUCCCAAGGGUCAAUGCCCCCGGAGCCUAUAUCUCAAAGUUAUCUGGUUGAAUUAUCGGUGCUUGCGCCACAAGGGCAAGACGCGAUAGCAGAGGACAUGCGCGCAUUCGCAGACCAACUGCGACCCCUCGUCCAACUUGACAAGAUCGACUACAAGAGGCUCGGCCACAUGGGCGUCACAUAG